UUUGAUUGUCGAAUGCAGUCAGAGUGAAAAACCAGUUCAAAGAAUCGGAAAUAACGAAAGGAGAGAACAGAAUGACUUAGCAGAUUGACACGAAAGCCCCUCAAAAAAGCUAGAGGGACGGAAAACAUUGUCAAAGUGGCUGUGGAACCACGAGCCGCAGGCGAGUGGUUCCGCAGUAAACUUUGACAAUGUUAUGACGCAAUUUAUCAUCAAUAAGAGGACAGACGCAUAAAAAAUUGACGUCAAGGAUGCUAGUAGCUCCCAGGGCCUUCGGGUCUACAAAGGGUGCGGGUGGUUAUGGGUAACUUUGGUGUCUCUUCGGUGCGCGGGUAUUUUAACUACGUACAGCUUUUGUGCCCCUGGGAAAACGGAGAAACUCGGACAAAAAACGCUGAAAUGAUGUUUGACGAAGAACAGGUGUUCAAAGGAUUGUUGGCUUGGUUUUCGGCAAGUGUACCUACAAGGCUGCGGUCUCAAUGGGUAAUGAAUGGAGGAAUCCAAAGCAAUCACUUUGAUGAUGCAGACUACAUUUUCAGCAGCAAUGCCUCUUCAAAAGACACCUUAAGAAUUUUUGAUUCAGAGACAUAUCAGAAGGAGGAGCUAACCAUUUUUCAUUCUUCAUUAAUUGAGGAUGCUCUCACAAAUGGCAAGAGUUUUUUAAGUGGCAAACAUGCAGGAACUUAUAUUCUAAUUCAUCCUGCAUAUCAGAAAGAAAUUGAAAGUUUUCAUAAGGAGCAAUGCUUGCAAAGUAAUGUGAAACUCACCAAAAAUGAAGAUGGCACAGAAAGUUAUCCUAAUACAUGUAGGAGUUACAGAGACAAGUUUGAAAGCUUUAUCAGACAGCAACAGAUUAUGGAAGAAGUCCCAUCAGAUGAAUGGGAUUUUGGAGAUGAUUCAAAUCUACACAAAAAAGACUUCACUGAUGCAAGGAAACAAUGUAAAGCAAUUGUGCAGUCUGAGAGAAGUAAUGAAAUGUUGCAUGAUUCAUUACCAAUGAAUUUAAAUCCAGCUGCUUUGAAACGACUGCGGGCUGAACACCCACCAAACAGGGAACAAGAACUGGCAUUAUUGAAAUAUGCCAGAAAUGGAGCAAGUAAUUGUUGUCUCAGUGAAAGCGAGAGAAAAAGUUUCUGUGAAAACCAUUCUCAGAACCUGAUGGACCAUGAAAGAGAGCAGGAUUUGUAUUGUGGUGAAUAUCAAAGAAAAUUGGAGUCAGCUGGUUUUGAAGGUGUUGAGGAAAGAGAGAGCCUUUUAAGUGACUCUCAGAAAGCUACAUGGGAGACUCCAAAAAGCCACUCCCUGUCAAAGUUUCUUGGUAGUAUGGACGAUGGCUUUGUUCAUAUUGAUGACAUCAAACUACCAGAGAGUCCUAUAUAUGACUUCAUUCCAAAUCAGAAUGAGUGUCAAGUGGAACCAAAAUGAUUGAGAGUAUAUCAGACCCUGUGCUGGUAAUGUGUUCUUUUUAAGUUUUCUCCUUCGAAAGUUGUUACAAUACCCGACGAACCAAUGAUGCUGUUGUUUGGUGAUUUAUGAAAGGGAUAUUUUCUGAUUUUGAAAAAUAUUACGCAUUUCCGGGAACAAAUGUUUUGAUGCAGUGGUGAUUAAAGUUUGUGUUUGCUCUAUUAAAAGUUUGUGUUUUGUAUUUUUCUCCUUAUCGACAAAAUAAGUACUUGCUGAACUUCCCACCACUACUACUACUACUACUACUACUACUACUAGUUUCCAUCUCAGCAAUAAAUUGUGAAGAUAUUAAAUAAAGAAUACCAUGUGGUCAAUUUUACGAUUUUUUACUGGACUUUAAAGAGUUAUUAAGGCGGCUCAAAACAGUUUCCAGCACUUUCCAAGACUUUUGGAAAGAGGUCAAUAUAACCACUCUUUAUCAGUUGAUGCUGCAAUCGUGGUAUCAAACAACUGCCCAGUCAUUGGUGAACACGUUGUUAUCAUUUUCGUGACACAAUAGGUUACCAUAGC